ACAGUCAAAAGUUCGAUGUUAAUAAAGCUCAGACGUUGAGGAAACUAAGUUGCUCACAAGGACGAGCUACACAACCUUCAGUCUACAAACUGUAUGAGAGAGCCUCUUUGAUAGUUAUAUAGCACAUGCUGGAGAGUGGUUGCUAACUCGCAUUUAACCUUGAAGGGUUUAGUAUGAAUUUUACUCACACACCCCAAAAAAAUAUGUUAGUUUUUUUUUUUUGUUAAAUUAUCUGAACAUAUCAGGGUUUACGGUGUAAAGGUUCACAUGUUAAAGUGCACACAGGCAUGAUUGUGGUCAUGACUACGUUCAUCUUCAUACAAAAGACUCUGGUCUGAUGAGUUACUUCCUAAUUCACUCAUUGUGUGAGUCUCGUCUCUUCUCUUCUCUCUCUCUUGCUGUAAUGGAGUUGUUCAUCUUCAUAGUGUUUCAGCUCCUGACGGAGGUUCAGUCUUACAAUUCCCUUCAGAAACCCUUCAUCAGUGUUAGUGAUAAUGAUGACCAGCUCUUCAUAGCAUGUGAAAUACCACUUUCAGUCAGAGCUGAUUUCAUCUGUAGUCUCUACACUGAGGAUGAUGUUCUUCUGUUUCACCGUGUCUCUCACUGGAGUCAGUCUGGAGGGAAGCUUUGUAUAUUUUAUUUAAGUCGUAGUGAACUCUUCACACAAUCAGUGAACAGCAGAGAGCUGAGCUGUGUUUAUUCACUCAAGACUGAACCUGAGAUCAGAUCACCACACAGUGACACAUACACCAUCAGUGACACAAUCCCCAUCACAGUCACCAUCACCAUCAGAGACACGAUCACCAUCAGAGACACGAUCAACUUCAGAGACACAAUCACUACCAGAGAUUCAACUUCAACCACCACUGAACAUAGGACUACAACAACAGCCCCGACAAGCUCAGCAUUAAAUGUAAUGUUCACUUCUGAAAUAACAACAUACAGUAAAACUGAUGACGAAUCCAAGACAAGCCUGCCAACCAGCACAGCAAAGACAACCCUAACAGAGUUAAAUGUCAUGUCCACUUCUGAAACAACAACAUACAGUAAAACUGACUUUCAAUCAGAAUCAAACCUGCUAACCAGCGCAGCAACAGAAACCACGGACUCAUGGCAUUAUUUCUGUCUGGACUCAUAGGAUUCAUCUGUCUGUGCCGCUUCACCAGGUUUGCUGAUGUUCACAGAGAUGAACUACACCUCCUGACAGAUAGAAAUAACUGCCUUGUCUAAAUACCCACACUUGCAGUCUUGGCACUUGACCACUUGACAAUUUAUAUGAUGUAUUUCCUGUAUUUGGUGCAAGUGUUCAAACUUAUAGUAUUGUAAAAAUGCAAGUGUUUAUAUAGCUUAUUUUACAUAACUUCAUCAGUAGUCCCUAUAACAUUUCAUAAUUGUAAUUUGUGCUUCUAAUUAAGUGAUUAAAAAGCAGUUCAAAAUAAAUAUACUAAUC